ACUGCACAAGGUACAACCAUCACAAGCAUAACUCAUCUUGAAUAUUAUAGUUCCACAAUUGAAAUCACAUCAUCAAUAGCAACAACAAUGGAAAUGAAGAGAAAGAAGAAGAAAGGUAGGCCAUCUUUAUCAGAUCUCUCAAAAAGAGAAAAUAAUAAGGCCUCUAUUAUUCGCCGUUCAUCUCGCCGGAACCCUAAUUUAGACCCGAAUUCGAAUUCUCCGGCACCGGAAUUUGAUGACGUGGACGACGAUGAAGAUGAGAGAAAGCAGAAGAAAGUCAAGCUUGUUGUUCGUCUGCCUCCGAACCAAUCGAAUCAAAGCCAACAACAUUUGGAUAAUUCAUCCGAACCUGACUCCGAACCGGACUCCGAACCUGAAUUAGGCGUAAAUCACGAGAAGAUCAGCACCGUUGAUCGUAGAUCUGACGACGCCGUUUCUGAUCAGGAAGAAGAAAAGCCUUUGAUAGUGACGGACACUCCACAUGAAUCCCCAUUGGUGUCUGGCCCCACAACACCUUUGCCAGACAAGAAAAUGUUGGUUUUCAUUCUUGACAGACUUCAAAAGAAGGACACUUAUGGUGUAUUCUCGGAGCCCGUUGAUCCGGAUGAGCUACCCGAUUAUCAUGAGAUUAUAGAGCAUCCUAUGGAUUUUGGAACCGUAAGGAAGAAACUUGAUGGAGGACUCUACUCACACGUGGAAGAAUUGGAGGCUGAUGUUUACUUGAUAUGUUCAAAUGCAAUGCAGUAUAAUUCCGUAGAUACAGUUUACUACCGGCAGGCACGAACCAUUCAAGAUCUAGCAAGAAGAGAUUUUGAAAAUUUGAGGCAUGCAGGAGAGGAUGGUGAGCCACAGCCUAAGGUAGUUCGUAGAGGCCGUCCUCCAGGCAAAAACCUCAAGAAGUCGGUUGAAAAUUCACCAAUAGAUCGUGUUGUCCCUGAGCUUUCUUCAGGUGCUACUCUUGCUAGUGGGGAUGACAAAGCUAUUGGAUCUAAUUCUUAUAGUCUAAGAAAGGGGCCUAUGCUUCCUAAGUUUCAUUCCCCUGAUGCAUCUUUUGCCCAUCGCUCGCGUAAUGGUGAAAGCUAUUCUGAAUGUUCAACUGAUUGGAAUAAUGAGUUUCCAGCUAAAAUCUUGAGGGCUGACAUGAAGUAUGGAAAGAAACAUUUUUCUAUGGACGAGAACAGGCGCGACACAUACCAACAGUUUCAUCCUUCAGCUUCUUGUAGUGAGCCAUCUCUUCUGUGGAAUACUGAUGGAGAUAUGAAGCGGUUAAUGGCUGUAGGUGUUUUCGCGGAGCAGCAUGUUUAUGCGAGAAGCCUUGCCAGAUUUGCUGCAAAUCUUGGGCCUGUUGUUUGGAAAGUGGCUUCUAAGAAGUUAGAAACUCUUUUGCCUGCUGGAGUAAAGUUUGGUCCUGGAUGGGUGGGAGAAGGUGGAGGGCCCAUAGAGCCGUCCGCUUGUCCAGCUGAGAUCCACAAGUCAUUAGGUAGCUUGACAACUGAUCCCCAUUCUAGUAGACCUGUAACACCAACACCUCCUGGAUUAAAUUCGUCUGUAAUGUGCAAACCUUCUGCUGAAAUCUUUGAAGCUGUCAAGAGAUUGAAUAGUCAAAAUGAGCUAACCAGACAGGGUUCUGGUGAUGGUGGCUUUUCCUCCCCAGCUCCACAGAAAGCUUUGCUUCAGCCAAGAAACGGUUUCAAUGGCAUGUUUGGGUAUGAGUCUUCACCCCAAGCGGAGUUGUCAAGGUUUUCUGUGUCUAAGGGACAGUCGGGCCCACAGGAGGCAUCUAGGCCUAAUCAAGUACUUGGGACGCUUCCUGGACGAGAUAAUCCAUUUCAUCCCGCACUUUCAAAGCAUGUCGCUUCAGCAGAAAAUAAUAAGUUGUUAGAAAGCUGGGCAACAUUGUAUUCUGGAAAUUCAUUACCACAAGGUAAAAAUCCUGACUUCUGUACAGAACAGAAUGUGUCGGUUCAGCAGAGGAGCAGAAUGUCCGUUCCACCUGACCUGAAUGUACGAGUCCAGCCUCCGGGCUCCCCUACCCCCAGUGCUAGUUUACAGAUUGGAUCUUCCCAGCAGCCAGAUUUAGCGUUACAACUCUAAUUUUUAGUUAGCCCUAUUGCUUUAGAACAUAUAACACAGGUUACUAUGAUUGACAGUGACCUAAAGUGAGGGCUUCAUUGUAUUAGGAGCGUCAGGAGGAAAGUUUGUACAGAUUAUGUUUUCAAUUUUUUAGAGUAAAGCUAGGGAAUUUCUUAUGUAAGAUUUGAAAUUUUGAACCCGUGAUCUAAAAUAGAACAAGUGAUCAUUGGCUUGUUAUCCAGCUGCGGAAUAUAUUCUGCAAUUUGUGACAACAAUAAACUCCUUUCCAGUGCUGAUUUCUCCUUA